AUGGCGUUCUUUAUUCUCCAUCGGAGGUCAUGUUCUCUUAGUUCUUUACUCGAGAAUUCGACCGCCACAAUUUCUGAUCGUCAUCCAACGGACCACAUAUACGACCGCAUAUCCGAGGAUGCCGACGCCGACGCCAACUAUUUUCAUCGAUAUUAUUGUCCAUACUAUCGAUAUCCCGAGAUGAUGACGUCAACAACUAUUGGUGACGACGGAAACCCUAAUAAUGAUGGUUUUGGAAUAUUGGGAUCGUGUAACGGCCUAACGCUCGUCACCAUAGGCAUGAGAGAUUUAUUUAUGUGGAACCCUACAACAAGACAAGCCAAGAAAAUUGUUCCACCCGAAUCUCAUUGUUUUACCGACGGCUUUAAGAACAUUCGUCGCAGAUCUUUCUUAUAUGGGUUAGGAUAUGUGGAAUCUACCGACGAGUAUAAAAUCGUCUGCAUUUUCUUCUCAUACAUGAACCACCGUCCGACCGAGAUAUACAGUUCGAGGACCGGUUCUUGGAAGAAAAUCCAGAAUUUCGACAAUGAGUUUACGUUCAAUGGUAACAAAGAGUUUAUCAACGGAAAGUUUGUCAACGGAAAGUUCCAUUGGCUGAUUAAACACAACAAUGGUGGUAAAUGGGAUAUUGUUGCUCUUGAUUUGUCGGAGGAGAAAUACGAAAUUGUGGGUCGCCCGCCAAACUUUCCGGAUCGUACGCAUAGCCAACACAGUUGCAUGCUUUGGGAGGCUAUCUUAGCUUCACUAGUUAUCACGAAGUAA